UACCAAGGAACAGCUACAGUUGCACAUGAAAAGAUUUGAAUGGCUUAAGGCCAGACAUAUUGACACACAUGGCAUGGCGACAAAACAGGAGAUAGAGAUGACGUCUUUGCGAAUGAGGCUUGACGAUGCGCUCUCGAGACUGGAGGAAGAGCGCGUUCGAAAUGCAGAACUUACAAAGAUGAUUGGAAAUAAGGAAACUACGGUUGCUUCGACAGACAAGCUAGUAGAAGAUGUUCACCAGAUUUAUACAAUUGGGGCCAGAUUCGAACAAGGUUUGGUAGCCGUGUCACGAAAAAUGUCUGAGCAAAUGCGUCGAUUGGCAGAGAAAUCUGAAAAGAUCCCGGGAAAACUCGAGGAUAUUGAGAAGACACUGAAUUCUGUCCACGAAGCGCAGCAGCUUUCUGGAGACCAGGCUCUGCUUGACUUCAAGCAGGCCAAGCGAGAGGUGGAGUAUCAGUCACUGAUGGAGGAGUACAACCGUUUGAACGCAGAGCACGCAGAUUUUGAGAAGCGACACAACGACAAGUUACAGGAAAUCGAGACAUUGAAGCAGACCGUGGCGUCCCAGGCAGAAAAGCUGGUAUCUUUGGGGUUGGAAAGUACCAACUUGGACGCAAGGGAGGAGUUCGAGAAACCAAAGGCGCCUCGCAAAAGAAAGCGCGGCAGGCCAAAGACGUCACAUCUCCUCAACUAAUUCCUCUUUAAUUUCCUCUGGGUUAAAUCUGUGCAUGAACUUGACCGUUUUGUAGCCCUCGCGGUUAAUGUGCAAAACAGGAAUGUCAUAUCUAUAACAGUCGAACCAUUGCUCGUUUCCCUUGGCGGUGAUGUCUAUAUCACUUAGUUGAAUGCGUGAAGAUAUCGGAGCAACUUCCUUGCUAUCUAGAGCCAACUUCAGAGCACUUUUGGCCUCAUCGCAGAGUCCACAGUUGCUUUUCCCAAAAAACGUCAGAUUUAUCGUGCUUACCGAUCUAGCGAGUCCCGGCCGAUUGAA